UUUUUUUUAAUGUCAAAUUUCGAAACAACAGCAGCAACAGUAGACGGUUCCUUGUGCUGUCAUGGAGUCGCAGGAAAGGAGAUUGGUUUUUAGGUCGUUACUAAUCUGUUCCGCCGUGUUUAUUCAGGCACAGUUCAGCUGCGCAGGAGAUUGCCCAGCAGACGGACGUACCUGGGUCACAUUUGGAGCCAAAUGUUACCACUUUGUCCACGGAGAGGAGGAAGCGAUCAAAAGCUACACUUUCGACAGCGCUAAAACAAUCUGCAGAGGCUUCAAACUUUUGACCAUCCACAGUGCGGAAGAGAAUGAAUUUGUCAUUAAAUAUAGCCCACAAGUGUGGAAAGGCAACGUCAACGUGUGGCUGGGAAUGUAUUAUGACACAGACACUGAUACCAUGAGGUGGUUCAAUGACAAGCCUGUAACAUUCACUAAUUGGGAGUACAGCCCUUAUCCGUCCGACCUCCCGAAGGUGGAGACGUGUGCGGCUCUGCACAGCAUCUCAGGAAGAUGGGAAAACGUCAGCUGUGAUGAGGAGGAGGAGAAUGGAGUGAUCUGUGAAACUGCUCAGAAGGCAGAUCCGCCAAAAAGGAAACCCAAUGCGCUGCUCUCCACCCUGGUUAUUCUCAGUGUGGUGGCUGUGGUGGGAGUCUCUGCGGGAAUCUGGUUUGUGCACCAGAGGCAGAACUCCGGUUCCCCCAUCUUCACUGCGUUUGAGUACCACCCGCCGUUCCGAGUGCCAGACACAGACGAGUCUUGCCUCGUGGAGGCAGAGGAGACUGACGGCAUGCCCUAAGAUUUGUUUUCUCUGCAUUUGAUUACAGGGAAACACUGCAGGGCUCUCCUCACAGCAUGAACAUUUCAUACAGAGACGAGUUAAUUCUUGUAUCAGCUGUGCAUUGAUUUUUAAUCAUUGGGAUGCUCCCAUAACAUAUAGAAGUUUGGGGGAAACGUAUCAAUAAGCUUACUAACUUCUUUACUGAGGCAUAUGAGCGUCUUUCUGCUGCUUUCUCCUCUAAUGAUGUUAUGAAUAUAUUGAUUUGAAGCUAACUCUUAAGUGCUGUGAAAAAACACCUUUCCCCUCUUUUUUUUAUUACAUUUUUUUCUCCUGGUUUUCAAACAUUCAGUCGAGUGAUUUUAAACAUUAAGAUAUUGUGAAUAAAACUAAAUGAGCUAAAUGAUGGGUUCACUUGUUAAAUCAAAAAUCCACCCAGACCUAAUUGCUUUUAUGAAAAAAUAAAGGAAAACAUGGGACUCACUUGUUCAUUUAACCAAAACGGAAGCGACUGAUCAAUAAUAGCACGGAUAGAUGUCUAACUAGAACAAAAGAAGAACAUUUGCUUUGAUCAAAACUUUCAAGCUAUUUUUUUUGUGGAUUUUAGUAGCUUUCAGCGUUAUAAAUUAAGUAUUUUACUGCUAGUGUUUCAAAAUGGUAACAUCAUAUCUGUUAUCAGAACACGGUGGUGGUAGUGCAGUGGUCUGUGGUUGCUUUGCUGCUUCAGAACCAGCUCCUCUUGCCAUAAAUGAUGGCUUGUGCUCUCUACCAGUACAUUUUAAGGAAGAACAUUUGUCAAGCUUCACUGUGAAGUAUAGGUAAAGUUUAGACUUUUAUUUUUUAAUCCCACUGAGCCAUUUCAGAGUUUUUUUUAUUUUUCUUUUAACCAAACUCUAAAAACUUUUUAGUUACACUAAAUCAGAAAAAUGACCGAGACUUUUUCACAGUCCUGCAUGAUCUGCUACAAAAAAAAAACAUCCAGAGACAAUACACAAUGCUCAACAAAACACUAAAUUAUUAAUUAGGCCAAAAUAAGCUUUCAUUUUUGUGGGGAAAAAAGUGUUAGAAAGAGAUCAAUGCUUGUUGUUUUGGUGGUAUUUUUAGGUUUAUUAUUUGAGUGGGCUUCUCUUUCUCUAAAAGUUCCUUUGAUUGCAAGUUUUGGCUGCCAAUAAGACGUUGCUUACCCGUCAUCUUCUAAAUUUCUAACAAGUUUUUAUGAGGUUUACCAGCGUAUAGUGUGAGGGGACUUCAGGUACAUCCAGUGAAUGUGUUGUUCUACAAACCUACAUAGUUUGAAGGCAUCCUUCUUGGUUUCUGCCUAAACUAUGAAACCUCAGUCUGGCCAGUGUUCACACACACAACUGCACUUUACUCCUAAUUAUACUUCUAUCCAGAAACAAAAGCUGCAUGGAAAUCUGCCCCAUGUGGAAGUAAGAAAUACCACAAUUCUCAAUUGGAUUCUUGAAGUGCAGAUCAUUUUUAGCAUAACACAUUAUAUACAUGCAGCAGUAUGUUGAAAUCCAUGGCAAAAACAAAUAUAUCUGUUGCUGGUUUUUAGCUGUUUGAUAGAACAUUUAGAAAAAAGUUUCUCCAUCACGCACUGCAGUGGAUUUUUUUUUUGUUUCACUAGAACUAAUGCAGGACAGAAGAAUAUGAGGGAGCCUCUUUGAGCUAACCAGCCUUUUUCAAUUUUCUGUUUGAGUGUGAAUUUUGUGAAAAUGUGGCCAAAUGUUUAUGUGCUUGAUGUUUCUGGGGAAAUGUUGUACCUAAUUUAUGUGUCUAUUAAAAAUGUAUACUUUGAUAUCAUGAUUCUUAUGUUACAUGUGGUGGGAGCUUUAAAUACAUUUUCUUUUGAAAGUAUAAUUUUGCUGCCCGUAGAAAUUCAAUAAUAACACAAGUGUUAAAUUGGUAAACAAAAUGUACUGUGGAUGAAAGAAGACAAUCAUAAUUUUGCUAUUCCCAGCAUUUCAGAUAUUAAAUAAAAUUGAUGUUUGUUCUAUGAA